GCCAUGACUACAAUCCCAGAAGGAGGCGUGGUCGGAGCAGAGAGGAUUUGGCGCUAUUUAGUGACAUGCUGGACCGGGUCUGAUAGAGGGAUACGCAGCGAGCAGGUGUCUAUUACAACAUGGCCGGUCACGAUGUGCCAUUCAGUUUCUCAUCGUUGGACACGUCUAUCUCCUCCCUGAAGAACUGCCAGACUUAUGUAGAUACGGGGAUGGACAUUGCCACCGGCGUGGCGCUGGAUCUUCUGCAGAGCGGAUGUGACACCGUGGACGUGGAGAGCAUGGAGUCCGUCAUGUUGGAAUAUGCUGCUGUCAACAGAGAUUUAAGCAACUACAUAAAAGCGGUGGAGGAAACCAUUGGCAAGUUAAAGCGGAAGACACCGGAGGAGAUCCCGAAUUUGAAAGAACUUGUCCAGGAGAGGUAUUCUACCUUGCAGAGCAAGAACACUGACGACGAACUGAGGCAGAGUGAUAAAUUUGUUCAGUUCAAAGAGCAGCUGAAAGGUCUAAGGAAGCAAAUGGGUGUGCCAUCAGAGGAGCCAGAAGUCAAUCUGGAUGAGGAUGAAGACAUCGCCGUCACCCAGAGCAUUGAUAAUUUCACUUGUUCCAUCACACAGAUGGAUAUGGUGAACCCGGUGAAGAAUAAAAUAUGUGGCCAUAGCUAUGAGAAGGAGGCAAUUGAAAAGUUGAUUCAGGACAGACACAAGAAGAAGAAACCUGCCAGGUGUCCAAGGAUUGGCUGCGACAACCACAACGUCAAUACCACCGACCUUGUUCCAGACACGGCCCUAAAAAGAGCCAUGGAGGUUCACAAUAAAAAGCAAAGCCAUUGAUGAGCUUGAAACUGGAUGUGGCCCUCCCGAAUCUUUGAUAAAAGA